AUGAUCGAAUCUAUUAAUAAGAAUACGGAAGUUGUGGGAGUAUCGGAUGCACUCAAACAACUCGCAACGAAAAAAUCGUCACCUAAUAAUAUGAGUUAUAACGCGGUUAAUCCACCGCUUCUAAAACAGAGUCCAAUUGACGAUGGCACAAUUAUGGACAAUAAAAUAACAAUAAAUCCAUCAUCGUCAAUUGAUGACGUCUCUGUGGGCCCUCGAAGUGAUUGUGAGAACGUGAAAGGUGUAAGUGAAAUGGAAGAUGCUACGCAAACAUGCGGUUGGUGGAACUUUCGACCGAAAACUUUGAGACGCUUCAUGAAUCCAAGAUAUGCUCUAGCUUUUCUAUGUCUAGCUGGCGCGAUUCAAGGUAAUUGA